GCAAGGAGGGUCGCCAUUUUACUCCACUAUGGAAUUCGGGAGUCGGACCAGCCACUGAGGAUCGGGCCUGGUCGGUGACGCUGAGCCCGCCGAGCCGCAGCUUCUCGUUCUGGUCAUGUGCCUAAUCUCUGGGGUGAAGGACAACUCUUGAGUUUCUGUGCACUCAAGUUACAACGCUCUAAGGGCAAUUGCUGUGCAAGAUGCCUGCAGGUGUGUACUAUUCAGUGCCGUACUGUGCCAUCUUUGUUCUGCCAAUCCUCCUAAUGGAUGUUCCAGCUGUGGAGGGAUACGUGUGCGCGUACACAAACAGCACCCCCAACACCACCAUGAUCUUCGAUGACCUACCAUCAAUGUUCGGCUACCAACUGCAAAGGGAUGGAUUGCCGGGUUACUUGGUAUUUGCAAAACCAGAAAAUGCAUGUGAGCCCAUCACCCCACCUCCUUCAAACACCACAAUCUUGGAUUUUAUUGUUGUGAUUCGCCGAUAUGGAUGCAACUUUGAUGUCAAGGUAUUGCAGGCACAGCUGGCAGGAUACAAGGCUGCAAUUGUGCACAAUGUGGAUUCAGACCAACUACUCAGCAUGCGCUGGAGCAACGAGGAAAUCAGACGUCAGAUCACAAUCCCAUCGGUGUUCAUAGGGACCCAUGCCUCCCAGUACCUGAAGUCUUUGUUCACUUAUGACAAGGGUGCUUACGUUAUAUUGAUGCCAGACUUCAGCUUCCCGCUGGGAUAUUACCUCAUUCCAUUUACUGGUGUGGUUGGAAUUGUGAUUGUUGUCAUGAUCACUGUCAUGAUAGUGAGAUGUGUGCAGUAUCGACGUAGGAUCCGGAGGAACCGUCUCUCCAAGGACCAGCUCAAGAAAAUUCCAGUCCAUAAAUUCAGCAAAGGUAGGGACACUGGGAGACUUUCCACCUGCAUCAAAGGACAUUCCUCCGGGAUGGAGAAGUACAGUAGAGAGAAUGGUCUAGAAAUUCCGGAAGCACUUUAUUUUAGUACUAUAUGA